CAUAGCAUACCCUUUCACAAAGGCCUUCUUAUCCCUCACCACUCCAACAAAGCAAAAGCACAUAUCUCUCUCUAUUAUCUCUAUCUCCAAAACUCUCUCUCUCUCUCGCUUUCUCUCUGCGCCGAAAACCCUAACCCUAGAGAGUUUCGCCAUGAAAGGUGGUAAGGCAAAGGCUGAUACCAGAAGAACUGACAGCAGGCUGAAGAGUAAAGGUGCUGCAGCGGCGGGAAAGAAACAAUCGAAGAAAGCUGCGAAGGAUCCAAACAAGCCAAAGAGGCCUGCUAGUGCUUUCUUCGUUUUCAUGGAGGAGUUUAGGAAGCAGUACGCGAAAGAGCAUCCAAAUAACAAGGCCGUGUCUGCGGUCGGUAAAGCUGGUGGUGAGAAAUGGAAAUCGAUGUCUGAAUCUGACAAAGCUCCCUAUGUGGCUAAGGCAGAGAAGAGGAAGACUGAGUACAAUAAGACCAUGCAGGCUUACAAUAAGAAAUUGGCUGAGGGUGGAAAUGGAAACGAUGAGGAAGAGUCCGACAAGUCCAAGUCUGAAGUGCACGAUGAUGAGGAUGAAGAGGACGAGAGCGGCGAGGAUGAAGAUGAUGAUGAGUAGAUUGACUUGCAUGGAGGGAAGAGAGCCAUUGGUGUAGUAGUUAUUGUUGCUUAGGACUUUGCAUUUCAAAUUUGACUCUCUUUUGUCUUCGAUAAAUAGCUGCCUUUUUAUUUUGCUUUAAUGGUAGGAAGGAAUUAGAAUUAGAGGAAAAAAAAAUGGGGAUUGUUUUCAGGCUCUGCCUGAAUUCCAAUAUGGUUCUGUACCUAAUAUUUUCAAUGCUCAAUCAUUUAGUUUGACAUUUGCCUGA